UCUUCCCACUUAAGCUCGAGAAAGUACCAAAACUGCAUACACACCAUUGAAAUGCAGGAACAUAAUAAGUUAGUGAUCAUCGUUGGGGCCGGUCCCUCCGGCCUGGCCACGGCCGGAUGUCUGAGCCGGCUCGCGAUCCCAUACAUAGUCCUAGAAAGAGAGGACUGUUUUGCCUCUCUGUGGAAGAAAUACUCCUACGAUCGUCUCCACCUCCACCUUCAAAAGCAGUUUUGUGAGCUUCCUCACAUGUCGUUUCCAACCUCUUACCCCACAUACGUGCCCAAAAACCAGUUUAUCCAGUACUUAGAGGACUAUGUGUCCCACUUCAGUAUUAGUCCAAUGUACAAGAGAAAUGUGGAGUCUGCAGAAUAUGAUCAAGUGUCCAAGAAAUGGAUUGUGAAGGCGAAAAAUAUUGGUGGUUCCAGCGAGAUGGAGGAGUAUUUUGGAGGCUUUUUGGUGGUGGCUACCGGGGAAGCAACCGACCCGUAUACUCCGGAGAUUGAAGGUUUGAGUAGUUUCAAUGGUGAUGUUCUUCACUCAACAAAAUUUAAAUCCGGGAAGGAGUUCGAAAAUAAGAAGGUUUUGGUUGUUGGGGCUGGGAAUUCCGGCAUGGAGAUUUCACUAGACUUGGCGAACCAUGGUGCUAAAACUUCAAUCAUCGUUCGAAGCCCGGUCCAUUUUCUCUCAAGGGGGAUGGUUUACUUGGCCUUGGUUUUGUUGAAACAUUUUCCAUUAAGCAUGAUUGAUUCUUUGCUGGUUCUGCUUAGCAAGCUGGUCUACGGAAACCUAGCUAGCUAUGGGAUAGAGAGGCCACAAGAGGGUCCUUUUUAUAUGAAGGGGAAGUACGGAAAGUAUCCGGCCAUUGACGUUGGUGCCUAUCGAAAGAUCAAAUCCGGCGAGAUUCAAGUUUUGCCGGCCGAAAUAGGCAGCAUAAGAGGCGGCCAGGUGGAACUGAAAAACGGAAAGUCAUACCCAUUCGAUGCAAUCAUUUUCUGUACCGGAUUCAAGAGAUCGACGAAUUUGUGGCUUAAGGGAGAUGAUUAUCUUUUAAAAGAAGAUGGAAUUCCACGACCAAGCAUCCCUAAUCAUUGGAAGGGAAAGAAUGGAUUAUAUUGCGUGGGACUAUCGAGAAGAGGAUUAUAUGGAUCUAAGGAGGAUGCUCAAAACAUAGCCAAUGAUAUCAAGUCAUUUCUGUAAUGUCCCAAAAGAAGAAGUAAACGGCCAAAUGCACGAGAACUUACCUACACUUUUGGCUACCAAACAUUCCAAAUCAAUAAGACGAUGUCACGUUGAAAAGUUAAAAACACCCGACGUUGCUCUGGUCCAAAAUGAGACGUUGGCGUACAUUGAGUGUAGGAAAAUAUCUCCCCAAGCCCCACUUUUCUAUUUUUCCUCUUUCGUUUUUGGUUGUGAGUCAUCAUUGAAUGUGAAUUUUAAAUAAAUAAUAAUGACAUUUCAUUA